GCUUCUUUUCGAACGACGCCACGGACUGUGUGCUGUACGGUCGUUCAAUUGGUAGAACUUGACAGUAAAAUCACAAUAAUUGGGGGGAAAAACAAGCUGUUGUCUCCUGCCCACGCGUGCGCGGGGAAUGCAGUUAGUCUUCUUGCUGGGAAAGAGGGAAUAAAACCUGCUGACCUGCGGUCGGGUCGCAUGUUUUGGAGUUGCGCUGUUGUAUUUUCUUGACGCGCGCUCUGAGAUGGGGGCGUACCCCCAUCCGAGUCUCGAUUCCGAGAAAACUGCUUGAUCUGCCCAGGAUGGGACCUGUUUUCAGCGCAGGAACAGAUUUCUGGUAAUCGAAAGUGAAAGAGCGAAGAUCGGAGCGUGGUCCCACUGCCCCCACAGACCCCACAGACCCAGUGGAACCCGUCUCCCAGGCGCAGCUCGGUCCGGUCCGGUGAUGGACCUGCUGCUGUCUCUCCUCGUGGUUUCUGCAGUGACUCCAUCGGUGGUCCUUCAAGACCGGCCCAGGAGCGCUGUCCUGCACUUGUCCGCUGGGGCGCCAGAGGUCUUCAUCGGGGAGACCGUCACCCUGACGUGCCGCGUUCCGGGGGAGCCCUCCGGCUGGACGUUCGUGUGGUACAAAGACGGGGCGCCAGUGCAGCAGCUCGGCACCGUGGGGGAGGGGAGGUACACACUGAGGCCCACCCUGCCUCACCACGGUGGGCAGUACUCCUGCCAGGGCCUGCGGGCACGGGCCUGGCCGCAGCGCAGCCUGCCGAGCGAGCCCAUCAGCAUCCGCGUGACCGGCGGCUGGGUGAUCCUGCAGACUCCUCCACAGCCGCUGCUCCGCGGCGCCGGAGCCACUCUGACCUGCCGUGUCCGCGGCAACCCCAGGCUGCAGCAGGUGGUCUUCCACAAGGACGGCCGGGUGCUGGCGAGGCAGAGCGGCCCCCAGCUGCACCUGGCCAGCCUCUCGCCCCGGGACGAGGGGCUCUACGGGUGCCGGGCCACCUGGGGGAAGAGGUGGGGCUGGAAGACUGCGGAGUCCCCCGAGGUCGGCGUGUCCGUCAGAGACCUGCUGAGCGAGCCGGUGAUGGAGGUGCUGACGGAGACCCCUGUCCAGCGGGGGCAGGACCUGGUGCUGCGCUGCCGGGCCCAGCUGACCCCCCGCAGGCCGGGCCUGAGGCUGCGCUACAGCUUCCAGAGGGGCGGCCAGCGGCUGGGCGUGGCCUCGUCCCAGGACCGCCACGUGGUGCGGAGCGCCGCCGCCCGCCACUCGGGGCGCUACUGGUGCCGGGCGACGGUGGACGGGCUGGGCCUGGGGAAGAGCAGCGAGCCGGUGCUGGUGCGGGUGAUCGAGGACGAGGAGGCCGAGCUGGAGUCCACAGGGCCCAGCAGACCAGAGCAUCCCACGGAUCCCACACAGGCCCAGAACUCUCCCGGCAGCAGCCAGAGCCCGUCGCCAGAGACCUCGCCGUCCAGCUUCUGGAACCUCACAGAGUCCUCAGCAUGGGAGGCCAUGACCCCAGGAAAUACAACUCUGUAAAGAUUCCCUUAUUUCAGCAGGGACUCUGCAGAGGGAGUUCAGCACCAGCACAGUGAUAAUAUGCAAUCACUGACAUAGUACAUCAGACAACUUCAGUGAUUCAUACUUUUUUGCAAGAUAAUUGGAAGCAAUUAACCAACAUCAAUGCAUAGAGGCCUAGAGGCAGUGGACCUGGAAAGAUCUGUUAACCAGCCAGUCUGUCCUUUUAAAGUAAGUCAGAGACUUUGAUUAUUAUUUCCGCAUAUUAGAAAAUAAUAGAAAUACCUUUCUGCAUUCCUCUGUGUUUGGCAAACCAGGAAAAGAAAUUGAAUUACAGCAUUAACAACAAUAAACGAAAAUCUUGCUUUGAUUCUAA